AUGCUUAGACGCUCAGUAAGACCUUUCUCCGUGGCAUCCAGAUUGGCCAAGUGGAACCAGAUCCCAUUGGCUCCUCCAGACAAGAUUUUGGGUAUCUCCGAAGCAUACCAGAAGGACACUAACUCCAAGAAGAUCAACUUGGGUGUGGGUGCCUACAGAGACAACUCUGGUAAGCCGAUUGUGUUCCCAUCGGUGAAGAAGGCCGAGACGGUGCUCUUGGAGUCCGAGACUAACAAGGAAUACACUGGAAUCACUGGAUCCAAGCCAUUCCAGAAUGCUGUCAAAGAAUUUGUGUUCAACAACUCUGGCAAGGAUUCCAACGGUGCUAAAUUGAUUGGAGAGAACAGAAUUGUCACUGCUCAGACCAUCUCUGGUACCGGAUCUUUGCGUGUGAUUGCUGAUUUCUUGAAGAGAUUCUACUCUUCUGACAAGAUCAUCGUGCCCAAGCCAACCUGGGCUAACCACGUUGCUGUGUUCACCGAUGCAGGCUUGAAGGCUGACUACUACGCCUACUACGACAAGGCUAACAACGGAUUGGACUUUGAGAACUUGAAGAAGUCCAUUUCUGCUGCUGAAGACCAGUCCAUCAUCUUGUUGCACGCAUGCUGCCACAAUCCAACUGGUAUGGACUUGACUCCUGAGCAGUGGGAGGAGGUUUUGGAGAUCAUUGAGCAGAAGAAGCUCUUCCCAUUGAUUGAUAUGGCCUACCAAGGUUUCGCUUCUGGUUCUCCAUACAAGGACAUUGGAUUGAUCAGAAGAAUCAACGAGUUGGUUGUGCAGGGUAAGAUUCCAACCUAUGCCUUGUGUCAGUCUUUUGCUAAGAACAUGGGCUUGUACGGUGAGAGAACCGGAUCUAUUUCCAUUAUUACUGAGUCUGCUGACACCACUGCUGCUGUUGAGUCGCAAUUGAAGAAGCUCAUCAGACCAAUGUACUCCAGUCCUCCAAUUCACGGUUCCAGAAUUGUGGAGACUAUUUUCUCCGACCAGAACUUGUUGAACGAGUGGUUGGCUGACUUGGACGCCGUUGUUGGUCGUUUGAAUGUUGUCAGAGACAAGUUGUACCAGAAGUUGGACAAGACCAACUACAACUGGGAUCACUUGUUGAAGCAGAGAGGUAUGUUCAUCUACACCGGUUUGAGUGCCGAGCAGGUGAUUGAGUUGAGAGAGAAGUACUCCGUGUACGCCACUGAGGACGGUCGUUUCUCUAUUUCUGGUGUCAACGAGAACAACGUCGACUACUUGGCUGACGCCAUCAACCAGGUCAUCAAGAAGUAA